AUUCUCUUAAAAACAUCAUUUCGUCAUUUAGCAGCUCUCGCAUUUUGUUUCAUUUUAAAAAUGGCAGACGUAGAAAAGGAGCCUGAGAAGACCAUUGCUGAAGAUUUGGUUGUUACCAAAUACAAAUUAGCUGGAGAAAUUGUAAAUAAAACACUGAAGACAGUGAUUGAACUCUGUGUGGUGGACGCCUCUGUGAGGGAAAUAUGCACCAAGGGCGACAAUCUGCUGACUGAAGAAACCGGCAAAGUAUACAAAAAGGAAAAGGAACUGAAGAAGGGUAUCGCAUUUCCGACAUGUCUGUCGGUUAACAAUUGUGUCUGUCACUUUUCGCCAGCUAAAAACGAUGCCGACUACACGCUAAAGGCGGGCGAUGUAGUCAAAAUCGAUUUGGGUGCCCAUAUUGAUGGCUUCAUUGCUGUGGCUGCGCACACAAUUGUCGUUGGUGCGGAUCAGAAAAUAAGCGGACGUCAAGCUGAUGUCAUCUUGGCUGCGUAUUGGUCCGUCCAAGCGGCGUUGCGUCUGCUCAAGUCCGGUUCCAGCAAUUACUCAAUCACCGAUGCCGUGCAACAAAUCAGCGAGUCGUACAAGUGCAAGCCCAUUGAGGGCAUGCUUAGUCAUGAGUUGAAGCAGUUCAAAAUCGAUGGUGAGAAGACGAUCAUACAGAAUCCGAGUGAGGCGCAACGAAAGGAGCAUGAGAAGUGCACCUUUGAGAAGCACGAGGUUUAUGCCAUUGAUGUCAUCGUCAGCAGCGGUGAAGGCGUGGGUCGCGAGAAGGACACAAAGGUCUCAAUUUACAAGAAGUCCGAUGAGAACUACAUGCUUAAGCUGAAGGCAUCUCGUGCCCUACUCGCUGAGGUGAAAACCAAGUAUGGCAAUAUGCCCUUCAACAUCCGCAGCUUUGAAGAAGAGACUAAGGCGCGCAUGGGCGUCGUCGAAUGCGUCUCACACAAGAUGAUUGAGCCCUUCCAAGUGCUGUACGAGAAGCCUUCUGAGAUUGUAGCACAGUUCAAACACACGGUAUUGCUCAUGCCCAACGGCGUCAACCUGGUUACCGGCAUACCGUUUAAUGCCGACAUCUACGUAAGCGAACACAGCAUCGCGCAACCUAACCUGAAGGAGCUGGUCGAACAGCCCCUGGGACCGGUCAAGGGCAAGGGCAAAGGCAAGAAGGCAGCUGCUGGUGGUGCGGCGACAAAAGUGGAAUCGGCGCCGGCCGUUGAGACCAAGGCAUAAGCUCCUCACCCGGAUACCAUACAAAACAUGCCCCCUUAAAGCAACAACAAUGUGAACAAUUGCGCUGCCUACUGCUGCCGCUCUAUAAAUUUUUACUAUAGAAUUCGUUGAUUA